CUGAUUGUUAGUGAGCUGAAUUAAAAGGACACAUGUCAAGAGCCAUGAGACACAUAACAACACUUUGUUGGAGGAACUCCCUCCCUCCCGCAAUUUCACAAACCAAUUAAACCGUUGAGCUUCACAACCAAAUUUGAGCAAAGGUUGUUUUCCCGCCAAAUAGUUUUCAAAUGCUAAGGCUAUUCCGAACAAGUCAUGGACAUCUCUUUCAAACCCCCCAAAUCAAAUUCAAAAAUCCUAAUUUUCUCAUACCCAUUUCUCAUCUUCUCGGAACCCUACUUCUUGAUUCGAAGCAAGGUUUUGUAUUGAAUGAUGCUGAGGAGAUUCCUUCGACAAAGCCCUUAGAGCAAAGAGAUGAAUUUGCAAGAGUGAAUGUCCAACAGUUUGAUCAGAGCAAUUCGAUGAAGAAAUGCAAGAUUCAAAUUUCGCAUCCAUGGCCUGAAUGGGUGGAAUUGAUGGAACAAUUGUGUAAAAAUGGCUACUUUGAAGGAAUUGGGAAUCCCUACCUGAAAGGUGAAUUGGAUGUGAAGGAUGCAAAUCGAAUUCGGACUGCUUGUCUUAAUUUUGCUCGCGACAGGUUUGAUCUUAUGAGGUACUUUUCAAGGAAAGAUAUCCAGCUAAUUGUAGGAUCUGGAUGUCUAGUGAUAGAUAGGAAAGUUAUCAACUCAGGGAAGCGUCUAAGGGCACAUAUGGGUAUUGAUGAAGGAAAUGUUUGCAGCUCCUGCAUUUUGAGGGGAAAGUGCGAUAGGGCAUAUGUAAUGGCACGUGAUGGUGAAGAUGGGCGGACUGUGGAUGUGAUGCGCAUCUUAUUAACAUAUGGACUUGAUCCCGUUACCCAUGUGGUUGAGAACAAGCCGUGUCUAAAUAACUUUGUUAAGGAAUCAGUGAGAAGGUUGCUGAAGGUAAUGGUAGAUCAUAGCAUGAAGGAACUGAAUUCUGAUCCCCCAACUGCCACCAUUACCAAAUGGGACCCAUCUAUGCAAGAAAGUUCAGUUCACCAAGUACAAGGUCAUAUCAGUGUCUCAAUGAAGCAAGGCGAUUGGAUAUGCUCCAAGUGCAAGUUUAACAAUUUUGCCCAAAAGACCAAGUGCUUGCAUUGUGAUGGACUAUUCCCAGAAAGACUCAGAAAACUAGGAGAGGAUCAAAAUCAUCUUGCAUUAAAGAAGGGAGACUGGAUAUGUUACAAAUGCAAAUUCUUGAACUUUUCAAAGAAUACAAGAUGUUUUCAGUGCAAUGACAAACCACCAAAGCGGCAACUCAAUCAUGGGGAGUGGGAAUGUGACUCGUGCAACUACAUCAAUUUCAGAAGAAACAUAGUAUGCAUAAAAUGUGAUCAUAGACGGCCAAGAGUGUCAUAUUCUGGAGGCACUUAUGCUCAACCUCAACAUUGGGGUUAUCAUCAUCCACAGCCUUUUGAUGGGCAUGAGAGGCCAAGGAGAGACAAGAGGAGUUAAUAUGUGGAAGUUCUUGGAUGAUGAAAACAAUUACUGUGAUGACUCAAAACUAGCCUAAUUUGGUCCAUGAUUUACAGAUUUUCCCGGUGCAGGCCAGAGAAAUUUCUCUUGGAAUACCCAAACCCUGAAAAUAUUAUGGAUCUAUUGAUGAUGAUGAAGAGGUGACCGAAUGGUUUGGAGUCAGAGAUAAAUACAACCUGGAUCUAUUAUGGAAGAUAGAUUGAUUAUGAGGGUAAAGUGAUUGAGAAAUGGUUCAACUUAUCCAAGAGCCUCUAAAAGGUUCAACUUAUCAUUUCUUUUUCUUUUUUUUUGUCCAUAUCUUUUUGUUCUCAACUUGUCAUUUUGUCCCCCACUUGUCAUUUUGUCCCUUGUGUCCUGCUUGUUUUUCUUGGUAGCCAAGAAAAGAAAUGGUAAAUUGAAAUCCUAUGACGGGAUGUGUUUUUCUUUUCUUUGCUUCUCCAUACCCAUGUCAGCCGCCAUACAAAAUAUAGAGACAAUGUAAUCGUUACUAAUUUCUAUUUGUAAAAAUCAUCCAACAAAGCUGCACAAACAUUUACAGCAUGCUACUACUUGUAAUUUGUCAAUAUUAGUUUUUGUUAGUAAGA